GUGUGAGAAUCGCUUGCGAAGGUCAGGGAAUUUUCCUCUCGGCAGAAAAGCUUGGAAAUUGCAUGGGAAAUGCACUUGUGUGGUUGUGAGUGUGGCUAUUGAAGUUUCUGUGCAGUGUCAGUGCGAAAGAGGCGAGUAGUUGUGCCAGGAGCACGCGAGAGUGUAAAUUCUUAUGCAAUUCGCUCUGUAUUGACUGAAAUCGACCAAUCACUAGUGAACCUAUCCCAGUCUCAGGGGGAGUCGCAGUGAAAUGAAUCGCUUAGUCUCCAGUGAACUGGGCUCCAAGAUGGGUCUCCGGAAGGUCACGCACGUAAUCUUCGACAUGGACGGAUUGCUGUUGGACACGGAGACAUUGUACACCAAGGUCACCCAGGCCAUCCUGGACGAGUACGGUGGCGGUCAGACGUACACAUGGGAAGUGAAGACCUCCCUGAUGGGCCUCCAGCGUGAGGAGGUGGCCGAGCGCCUCGUGGAGUUCUACAACCUGCCCCUCACCCCACAGGAGUACAUAGACUUGUCCCAGGAGAAGAUCCGCGUGGUCAUGGCGAAUUGCAACAAGAUGCCAGGUGCUGAAAAGCUGGUGAGACACUUGCACGACAAUAAGAUUCCCAUCGCUCUAGCCACCAGCUCCAGCAAUGAAUCAGUGGUAGUGAAGACAGCCAAGCAUCUGGAGCUCUUCAAGUUAUUCCACCACAAAGUCAUGGGAUCCUCAGAUCCGGAUGUGAAGAGUGGAAAGCCUUCUCCAGACAUUUUCCUCGUCGCCGCACAGAGAUUCCCCGAUAAUCCGAGCCCAGAGGAUUGUCUGGUCUUCGAGGACGCUCCCAAUGGCGUCAAGGCCGCCAUAUCAGCUGGAAUGCAGGUUGUCAUGGUGCCUGACGAGCACAUUACUGAGGAGCAGAAGAAGGGCGCCACAGUUGUCCUCAAAUCACUGGAGGACGUCAAACUGGAGGAGUUUGGUUUACCUCCUCUGCCCGCAUGAAGUGUACAAUGUCCCCUGAAAACCCUCCAGAUGCGUCUAUUGUAAAUCCUCAUAGAGAUGAAACAAAUAUAUUUUCCGUGACGAA